GGGCGGGCGCGGGGCAGAGCCGGGGCUCGGUGCGGGCAGCGGGGACCCCGCGCCCCCUUCCCGCGGCGCCCGGCCCCUCGGCUCCCCCUGCCCGCGUCCCGGGGAGGGAACCCGCCCUCCCGGGUGCCUCGCCUUGGAGAGGCGGGGCCCUUUGUGGGAAGAUCUCGGGGCGCGCCCCUCCCCUCGGCCAGCAGCAGCCCCCACCCUGCCGAGCGCACCGGAUCCCCGAAAGUGGCCGGGGAAGAAGAGCAGCGGUGUGCGCUGGGAGUCGGUUCACGGGAGCCUCCAGGGCCAGGGCUCCACACCCCAUUUAGGGUGGGGGAUGUGAGCGCAGCGGCUGGAAUCCGGGGACAGCCCUGUGCACGGAGUUUGCUGAGACUGAGGCAGACUGCAUGGUCAGCGCGGUGUGCACUCUCUGUGUUCUGUGGAAGACAGAAUGGGCUGAACUGGAACUGACCUGAAUGUCAGCAAAAGGAGUCGCUCAGCAUGCUGUGCCCACGCCACGCCCAGGUGCACUGACCAUGAGCCUCAACUCCUCCUUCGGCCACAGGAAGGAGCUGAGCAACCUCACUGCCCAGGAGGCUGGGGAUGGGGGUGUUGUCACGGAGCUCGUUGCCAUCAUCAUCAUCACCGUCUUCGUCUGCCUGGGCAACCUGGUCAUCGUGGUCACCCUGUACAAGAAGUCCUACCUCCUGACCCUCAGCAACAAGUUCGUCUUCAGCCUGACCCUGUCCAACUUCCUGCUGUCCGUGCUGGUGCUGCCCUUCGUGGUGACAAGCUCCAUCCGGAGAGAAUGGAUCUUCGGUGUGGUCUGGUGCAACUUCUCCGCCCUCCUGUACCUGCUCAUCAGCUCGGCCAGCAUGCUCACCCUGGGGGUCAUCGCCAUUGAUCGCUACUACGCUGUGCUGUACCCGAUGGUGUACCCCAUGAAGAUCACGGGGAACCGGGCAGUGAUGGCGCUGGUCUACAUCUGGCUGCACUCCCUGGUAGGCUGCCUGCCCCCUCUGUUCGGCUGGCCAUCGGUGGAGUUUGACGACUUCAAGUGGAUGUGCGUGGCGGCCUGGCACCGGGAGCCCGGCUACACGGCCUUCUGGCAGAUCUGGUGCGCCCUGUUCCCCUUCGUGAUCAUGCUGGUGUGCUACGGCUUCAUCUUCCGCGUGGCCCGGGUCAAGGCCCGCAAGGUGCACUGUGGCACGGUGGUCAUCGUGGAGGAGGAUGUGCAGAGGGGCGGGAGGAAGAACUCCAGCACCUCCACCUCGUCCUCAGGCAGCCGGAGGAAUGCCUUUCAGGGCGUGGUCUACUCGGCCAACCAGUGCAAGGCCCUCGUCACCAUCCUGGUGGUCCUCGGUGCCUUUAUGGUCACCUGGGGCCCCUACAUGGCUGUCAUCACCUCCGAGGCGCUCUGGGGGAAGAACUACGUCUCCCCAACCCUGGAGACCUGGGCCACGUGGCUGUCCUUCACCAGCGCCAUCUGCCACCCCCUGAUUUAUGGCCUCUGGAACAAGACAGUCCGCAAGGAGCUCCUGGGCAUGUGCUUUGGGGACCGGUAUUACCGGGAGCCGUUUGUGCAGCGCCAGAGGACAUCCCGGCUCUUCAGCAUUUCCAACAGGAUCACAGACCUGGGCCUGUCCCCACACCUCACCGCGCUCAUGGCUGGUGCACAGCCCCUGGGGCACAGCAGCAGCACUGGGGACACGGGCUUCAGCUGCUCGCAGGACUCAGGAACAGACGUGAUGCUGCUGGAAGACUGGACGUCAGACGACAACGCCCCGUCCCACUGCACGUGCCCGCCCAAGAGGAGGAGCUCCGUGACAUUUGAGGAUGAAGUGGAGCAAAUCAAAGAAGCUGCCAGGAACUCGAUUCUCCACGUGAAAGCUGAAGUACACAAGUCCUUGGACAGCUACGCAGCCAGCUUGGCCAAAGCCAUCGAGGCGGAAGCCAAAAUCAACUUAUUCGGGGAGGAGGCUUUGCCAGGGGCCCUGUUCUCAGCGAGAACCGGGCCCGGGGCUGGCUUCGGGGGCCGCAGAGGCAGCCGCACGCUGGCGAGUCAGAGGCUGCAGCUGCAAAGCAUCGAGGAAGGGAACGUGUUAGCUGCGGAGCAGAGAUGAGGGACUCAGGGUGGCUGGGCUGGAGACGGAGAUGCUCCCCUGGGAGGGCUCCCACCACCUCUGUGCUGAGCCGGAACACGGGAGAGGAGACAUCUGGUGUGCAGCCUCCAGACUGACUGGGGCGCCCGCCUCCAGCUCACAGCCGAUCGAAAGGCGGGGAUUUACAUCCAGGAGGACCGGCGGCCCCGGGCUUGGAAGGAAGUAACGCCCAGUCUUUUUUCCUCUCCGCACGCCCUGGCCAUGUACCGCCCGGAAGAACCUGUCCCAGGGAGCCUGAACACAGUACUGCCGUUCUGAACCCUGCAGGGUCACCCCCGGGGCUUCUGCCUGCCUGAUACAGGCAGUGAGGCGCGUAGGGUCCCAGACCGAAGGGCCCACGGAGCACCCAGGAACAGGGCGCCCAGUCCACUUCCUAGACGUGCUCCACCGCCGCGCCCCCUGCUGGUACCGGUGGGCAUAGCCCAUAGGCCGUUGGGGAUGGGACCACCCCACCACCUCCCACCGGACAGAUUUUUGGGUAUUUCGCAAGGGAGAAACCACUAUAAAAGACGAGGGGGCAGGUA